AUGUCGAACUCCUUCCCAGUCCAACAAGCGAAAUUGGAUCUUCGUGAAGCUGAGUUCCAAGAGAAUAAAACCAAUUGGGAGCCGGUCCUAGACAAACUAGACAAGGCCCUCAAAACUGUUAGUGAUGAAGGCAAUCAAAGCUCGAUUGACCGGCACCAGGGCAGGGGCCAACUUCUUCCCCGCGAUCGGAUCUCCCUACUCUUAGAUGACGAUUCGCCUUUCCUGGAGUUAUGUGCUUUUGCCGGGUUCGGAAAUGUUGACUCCACGCCCUGCGCCAACUUGAUCGCUGGGGUAGGCAGUGUGAGCGGCCAACGGUGCUUGAUCAUGUCCCACAUACCGACUCAAAAGGGUGGAGCGUGGAAUGAGAUGACAGUUCUCAAAGUAAACCGCAUACUUGAGAUCGCAUCCGAUAACGAUCUUCCUUUGAUAUCCCUGGUUCAAUCCGCAGGUGUAUUCCUUCCACAGCAGUUCCGCGUCUUCCACAAAGGCGGUCAGCUCUUCCAUGACCUUGCUGUACGAACGUUGAAUGGUAAACCAUCAUGUGCUGUUGUAUUCGGGUCCUCGACAGCUGGAGGAGCGUACCAUCCUGCGCUGUCCGAUUAUACGAUUUUUGUAGAGAAACAAGCUCAAGCCUUUCUCGGAGGCCCGCCAUUGGUGAAGAUGGCUACCGGAGAAGUGGUCAAUGCCGAAGAGUUGGGUGGUGCACACGUGCAUGCCACACUCACUGGCCUGGCUGACCAGAUAGCAACUGACGAGUUCGACGCAAUCCAGAAGGCACGGGAAUGGGCAAGCACUCUCAAGCCUCGACCCGGCCCGCUUCGCCUCAAAGACCCCUUGGCUCCACGAUAUCCCAUUGAAGAUAUCCUUUCUCUGGUCAACCCCGACAUACGAAAGCCUUUUGACAUGAAGGAAGUUGUUCUUCGCCUUGUAGACGAGUCAAGGCUGUCCAUCUUCAAGCCCAAAUACGGAAUAAAUAUGCUGACGUGCUGGGCUCAUAUUAUGGGGAUCCGUGCUGGGAUUGUGGCAAAUCAGAUUUCAAUAAUAAAUGCCAAUGAAGCGACCAAAGCGGCACAAUUCAUUCGUCUAUGCAAUCAAGAGCAAACCCCCAUCAUCUUCUUGCACAACGUGACGGGCUUCAUGGUCGGUACCAAAGCCGAACACUCGAGUAUCAUCAAGUUUGGCGCACAGCUCGUCUCGGCUGUGUCUUGCUCACAGGUCCCGCACAUUUCCAUCAUUCUCGGUGCUUCCUACGGUGCUGGCAACUACGCCAUGUGCGGGAGGUCAUACAAACCUCGAUUUCUGUUCACCUGGCCGAUUGGGAAGUGCGGCGUGAUGGGACCUGAUCAGCUCGCCGGUGUCAUGGAACAGAUUGAGCGAGGCAAAUCUUUGAAUGAAGAGCAGACAAACGAGAAAGUGAACGCUUUCAAAACCCAGGCGCGAAAAGAUUCCGAAAGCUAUGCGACAAGCGGUAUGCUCAUUGAUGACGGCAUCAUUGACCCUCGUGAUACUCGUGAUAUCUUGGGUAUGUGUCUGGAGAUUGUCGGCUCGACAAAUGAUUCUCGUGUGCACGGGAGCCGGUUUUUGGCACGAAUCUAA